AUGAUUUGGUUUAUAAUUAUUUCAAUAUUAAUGUCAAUAGCAAAUGUUCAUACAUUGCUUUCUAUUGGUGUUAAUUUGGAUGGUUUACAUGAUUGGAGUCGUAGUCUUCCAUAUGUAAAUUUAGUGCGGCAAGCACGUGUGUGGGGUAGUGCAGAUAGACCUUGGGAUGGUAAUGCAACAUUUGAUUUAGUAAGUGGAUGGCCUAAUAAUGAUUUUGGAAUAGUAUUAGCUACAAAUAAUAUUGAUAUGGGAGGAACAUAUAUGUUAUAUGCUAAAGGCAAUGCACAAGUAUCAACAGCUGGUGGUUCCCCUGCAAAUAUUGUGAAUAAAACAUAUGAUGCAUCAACAAAUACCCUUACAGCUUUGAUAAAUGUCCCGCAAGGUGCAAUUCAAAUGAUGCUUAGUUUUCGAAAUACAACUGGUCCUGGUUUACAAGAUAUAGCUAUAUUACAGCCAGGUUAUGAUUUAUCAUCAAAAUCAAGGAUAACAAAAUUAAUGUUAGCACACUUGUCUCGUUUCAAUAUUAUACGUUUUAUGGAUUGGACGAAUACAAAUGCUAAUUAUGAAGUUAAUUGGAAUGAUGCAACAUCAGUAAAUUGGCCAACAUAUACACCACCUAAACGUAAUCCAUGGGAAACAGUUCCAAAUAUUAUUAAUCAAAUAAAUAAACCAAUAGAUAUUUGGAUAAAUAUCCCACAUGGUGCUACAAAUGAUUAUAUAUUAAAUAUUGCAAAAAUAAUGUUAAAAGAACUAAAUCCAUUAAGUAAUAUUUAUGUUGAAUAUUCAAAUGAAGUUUGGAAUUCUAUGUUUCCACAAGCCAAAGCAAAUCUUCUUGCUGCAAUGGAUUCUAUCCAUAAUCAUGGUGAUCCAUUGCAUUUAAAUCAUGAUGGUAUUUCAAAUUCAUACGCUUGGGGAUUUCGACGAACAGCAUAUCAAAUAAAACAUAUUUCAGAUUUAUUUAAAAUUGUAUUUGGCAAAGAAAAUGUUGGUUUAUGGAAACGUGUUCGACCAAUAUUAGCUGGUCAAGCUGUAAAUCCAUAUGUUAUUAACACUGGUUUAGAUUAUUUAAAUACUAUUUAUGGUCCACCAUCAACAUUUCUUCAUGGUAUUGCUAUUGCUCCUUAUUUUGACUUAGAACAUUAUAAAACAUGGUCAAAUUUAACAAUUGAUCAAGUACUUGAUGGAUUUCAUUCAAGUAUUCAAAGAUUUUUACCCGAACAUGGUUGGAGUCAACAAGCACCUAUUGGUGUUCAUGCUGUUUAUGCUGCCUGGUAUAAAUUAAAUGUAUAUGGUUAUGAAGGAGGACCUGAUACUGCUAGUGGAUGUGGAGAUUGUUCAUUAGAAGCAAAAAUAAAAGCUACUCGCCAUCCUCGUAUGACUGAUAUAUGUUUAACAUUCUUAAAUGGAUGGUCAAGAUUUGGUUUUCAGACACUGAAUUGGUUUGGAUCUGGAGCUAAUCAAAUAGGUAAAUAUGGAUCAUGGAGUUUAUUAGAAGAUAUGAGACAAGAAAUAUUAAUUGAUACAACAAAAAUGUUUAAUUCAACAUCAUCUGUUGCUCAACUUCCACGGCCAGCACCAAAAUUAAAAGCGAUUGAUCAAUUUCGUCAAAGUUCAGUUCAAUUUAAUUUUGGAAUUUCUAUUCCAUCUUAUAAUGUGAAUGCAACUAAUUUUGCGGGUCAUAAAGUACCAUAUCCUGAUCCUGAUUUAAGAUAUUUAGGUCCUAAUUCAGUAUUUUAUUAUCCAUUACAAAUCCGUCAAUCACCAAUUCAAAUUAAUUUAACUGUUUAUGUCGGUGGAAAUUCUGGUACAUUAGAAGCAUCAAUUAAUAAUGAACAGUUUAUUCAAGUUCAAACACCUACAACAUUCAAUACAACAACAUUUCAAGCAGCACCACUUAUACAAUUUAUUAUAACUCAAAGAAUUGUUCCAUCAAUUGUAACACUUCGUUUAAAAAGUAUUCAAACUGGUUAUUCAAUUCGUAGCUUUGAUGUCGUAGCAUCACCAAGAAAAUAA